AUGGCGGAUAAGAAUGACAAAGACACCGACAACCAGGAGGCGUCGGUGUCGAUGUCGGCGUCGGCGUCGGCAUCAUCUCGCCCUGUCGGAACACCAGCCAGCGACUAUAUUUCCGCCUCAUCAGUACCUCCAGUGAGACCUGCGCCAUCAACCCGAAGAACAUACGGCACCCUGGAUGCAUAUACGAUCGAAUCAGCUUCCGAAACCCGCCUCGACGAAUCCCAGGAAGAUUUAUCGUCUCGCCCAUUCGUCUCCCCCUCUCCGGCCCCGGAUAAGUCCAGAAAACCCUCCGUUACCAGACGCAUGUCCUCCAAACGUCAAAUUCCCCAUAAGGGUCAGGAGUUCUCAACAGACGACGAUGUACAGGAGGUCGAGCAGGACUUCGCCUCCUUCCAGGCCUCCACCACGCAGCCUUCCCCAAGAAUUCGUCCCUUGCGUGCACAGAGCUCCACUCUCAGAAGACGCCCGAGUGCCCGCCCAAGCCCACUGACGCGAGCCGAGUCCGAUAAUUUUGACGGAAAUGACGCCAACUUGCCAGCCCCCGGUCUCGAAGCCUCGAUCGAAAUCCCAUCGCUGCGAGAGUCGGACGGAGAAGAAGAGGAGGAAGAGAGUGCCGACGAGCCGCAUGAUACGGAGAACGACGAUGACGAUGACGAUGAAGACGACGUGGACGACGCGAGUGAUGCUGAGAGCUUCACGCUCAAGGACCGACAGCAAGCCAUUAAUGAAACUCACCCGUUCGGUAUCAGGAUAUGGAAACCUGCCCUGUAUAAAAAGAGCCGCUCGGUGGAGAAGACCGCUGAAGGUGAUAUCCACUCAUCUCCAGGGGGGCGGGUCAGCCCUAUGCUCUUCUUGACAAACAUUCUUUGGUCCCUGGUUUUUGGUUGGUGGCUUGCGCUGAUCGCUCUAUUGGCUGCAAUCGCAUGUUUCGUCUUCGCUUAUUCCCUCCAGCGCCUAUUUUCGGGGCUUUCCCGAUAUCUGUUCUAUCCAUUCGGCUCCUUUGUUCUGCUUGAGACUGAUGAGGUUUAUGCGGAAGAGGAUGAGGGUGAAGGACGCAGUAUCAGCGAGUAUGAACAGUGGCAGAAUGGUGAUUUGGAGCAUGGUCGGCUCUUCUUUGGCCCGCACAGUGACCGAUCCCUCGUUGGUCGACGUCGAAAUAGUGUUGAUUCCGCCAGCGAGAAUGACAGUCUUCUGGGUCGAACACAGCGAGGGCAACGUCAGGAUUCAUCACAGUUUCCUCAGUCCAAGCGGCGCCUUUUCGGUCGAGGAGAGUGGACUAUGGGCCGAGUUGUCUUUUUCAUUUUCUUCUAUUUCUUAGUGGGACCAUUGAUGCUCAUGGUUUCGCUCGUUUGCUGGCUACUUGUCUUUUUGAUUCCGAUGGGUCGGGUGACAACCAUCCUUGCGAGCCAUCUGCGGCGACACCCUCUCGCCUUGUCAUUUCACUCCGAUACCUCAUAUGCUAGACUCAGCUCGGGGUCUUCUUCGCCUUCCAUCCUCCUUUGCACAUACCGAGCCGCCGGAACGAGAUACUGGAAAUAUACGAUUGACGGUACGAACAUUUUUUUCAUCAACUUGCUUGGCGUCGUCGUCUUUGUGAUUGUCGACUACUUCGUGCUCGAUAAAUUUCUGGGCUUGCAGUCCUGGCUGACCCACCCCGGUCUGAUCUUCACUCUUGCUCUUUUCUCCGUUAUUCCACUGGCAUAUUUCAUUGGGCAAGCUGUGGCCUCAAUUUCGGCUCAGUCAUCAAUGGGCCUGGGUGCUGCAAUCAACGCGUUUUUCUCGACUAUUGUAGAAGUUUAUCUUUAUUGCGUUGCUCUAACCGAGGGCAAAGCUCAGUUGGUUGAGGGGAGUAUUAUUGGUAGCAUCUUCGCUGGUGUCUUGUUCUUGCCUGGUCUUUCCAUGUGUUUCGGCGCUAUCAAGCGCAAAACGCAACGGUUCAAUGUGAAAUCCGCUGGUGUGACCUCGACAAUGCUUCUAUUUGCUGUAAUUGCUGCCUUUGGGCCCACCCUUUUCUACCAGGUUUAUGGCAGUGUAAGUAUCAUUCACCUUCCCUUGCUGAAUCGGACUGUCGCCAGUGCUAUUUCUCCCAAAACAGCUGCGGUCCAGGACUCGUUUUUCCAAAAGGCGGUCCAGCCUUAUGCGUGGUUUGCUGCCGUUCUCCUCUUUUUAUCAUACAUCAUCGGCCUUUGGUUUACUCUUCGGACCCAUGCUGCCUUGAUAUGGGCUACUGAGCUGGAGGAAAAGAAGGCUGCUCAGGCCGCCCAGGCCGCCCAUUCUGCCCCGGAGUCUUUUCCAUAUGAGCCAAGACAUCUGCUGUUCUCUGGCGGUGCUCCUGAAGCCUCUGGUGCAGCUACUGGCAACAAGGAUUCUAUUCGGGAGUCCCAGCUAUAUAAGCGCAUCGUGGGCCAAUCACUCAAGCAUUAUGGUCUGGAUGACGGCAAUGCCUCCGGCAAUUGUGAACAAACAGAGAAUGGCGGUUCAUCCUCCACCGAUGCCAAGGGAAACACGCCCCAUCUGGUACCUCCUCGGACAGCCGGUGCUGAUGGCUGCCCCGUGCCCAAGGCCAUACGGGGUCUUACUGGCGAGGACAACGAGCGACUUGUGCGUCAGGUCACCGAUGUUGCGGCGACUGCUGCUGCAAUGGCUGCCCGCGACGCGACUAGGAGUCGUAAGCCCACAGGUCAGCAAACUGCUGGACGCCAAGCUGGCCGGGCUAUGGCAGAUCAGGUGAAACCUCCUGGUGACGAGGCAGAUGCUUCCGGUAUUGUCGUCGACCCUACCGCCCAUGCAGCAGCUGGAGGAGGUCAUGAUGCGCCGAAUUGGAGUAAGGCCAAGAGCGCGAUCAUCCUAAUGGGAGCCACAAUUCUCUAUGCCAUUAUCGCUGAGAUCCUUGUCAACACUGUUGAUGUCGUGCUGGAGAAUGUGGACAUUGACGAGAAGUUCCUCGGCAUAACUCUCUUCGCUUUGGUUCCCAACACAACCGAAUUUUUGAACGCUAUUUCCUUCGCGAUGAACGGCAACAUCGCCCUGUCCAUGGAGAUCGGCUCUGCAUACGCAUUGCAAGUUUGCUUGUUGCAGGUGCCCGCUCUUGUCCUAUUCAGCGCCCUGUAUACCCGCUCAAUUGACCCAGCCGAACUCGCGAGGCAUUCGUUCAAUCUCAUCUUCCCCCAGUGGGACAUGAUCACCGUGAUUCUUUGCGUUUUUCUGCUGUCGUACGUCUACGGCGAGGGGAAGAGUAAUUAUUUCAAGGGCUCCAUAUUGGUCCUUACCUAUCUCGUUGUUAUCAGCGGGUUCUACAUGUCUGGUUACAGCAACCUCGAAAACAUGGGCAUCGACCGAUUCGAUACCCUUGCUCUGGGAACAAGCCAGUCCCAAAAGUUCUACACCAUUGGACGUACCCGUGCCGGUGCGGCCUAUUAA